ACCUAUUAGAAUGCGUUGGAGUGAGUAGGAGCAUGUCGGGGCCUGGCGACGCGAACAAACCAUACAAGUCAAACAUAGGAUGAGGUUAAUUCAAAGUUAUGAGAUUUUGGCAUGUCAAAUAAAAAGCACAUUGCCGGAUAUCAAUAAAAUUUAACAUUUUACACUCAACAUGCACAGGCACACAUUUGUCUUGGCACAAUUGCCAUGGAAAUAUGAUUCUUCCAAGCAAAACUUGUGGCGAAUGUAUAGAACAAAAGCAAGUCAUAGAAUCAAAGAAUAUGAAGGUCGCAAAUUAGUUGGCUUUUCAAUGGAGAAAAUGUACUACGUGGUUGCCGAUGUAGAAAAUUACAAGAAUUUUUUACCUUUUUGUAAGAAAUCUGAGAUUACUUUAAAGACCAAAGACUUUCUAAAAGCCAAUUUAGUAAUUGGAUUCCCACCUAUAAACGAAAGUUAUACUUCGAAGGUGACUACGGUGUAUCCAAGAAUAGUUAAAGCUGAAUGUAAGGAUGGAAGAUUAUUUGAUCAUUUAGAUACUCUGUGGUUAUUUAGUCCUGGACUGAAAAACAAUCUCGAGACAUGCGUGAUUGACUUCUCCUUAUCUUUUGAAUUCAAAUCUGCCAUUUAUUCUCAUUUAUCAAAUUUAUUCUUCAAUGAAAUUGUAAGGCAAAUGGAAAAUGCCUUUCUUGAUGAAGCCGCGAGAAGGUAUGGCCAGCCAUGUUUAAAGACAGUACGAUUGCAAAGGUGACAAGAAAUACUUACAGAAAUCAUUAAAUAUAAAAAAAUAUUUAUUUUUUUGUAAUAAUAAAUUUAUUAUUAAUUAACUCUUUAAAAUAAAUAUAUGCGAGUUGCAUACAACAGAAGAUAAUAUAUAUAUAUAACUCAGGGUGAUAAAAAACCAUGAACCAUAUGCUUACAUUAAUACAUUUAUUUUUAAAUUCAUGGGUUUAAAUAUAUGAAAUAAAAACACUUUAAGAAUUUAGC